GUUUGCAAACAGUCUGAAAGCUCUUUCCAUUAGCCCUGGACGCCGGAAACCACAAAGGGCAGUCAAGUUUUGAUUUUCAAGGAGAAAGCCUCUGGUAAACUUUCGCUCAGCCGCCAGAUCUGUGGGUUCCUGGGAGGGGCUUCUUUUGAAACCUUGAAGAUUCCUCUACUCUUGAAGACCCAGAGCGGUGGAUUACAGUAAUUGAAAAGCUUGGGUGAUUUUGCAAGAUUACUCUGUUUGGUGUGAGCUCACAUUUCCAGGCUAAGGGACCGAGCAGAGGCAUCCCUUUUGUUAUCUGUUGAAAUAAGAAGAUCAGAGGGGGAAGACAGGGUUUGAAGUGUGGAUUAGGGGGUCCUAAAUCUUUGCCUAUCACCGCCGUCUGGAUCUUUAUAAAUGAUCGAGGAGUGCAAUGAAUUUAAGGAAUCAUGCAAAGGUUCCCUGAAGCCUGUCCUGGAACCAGAAACUUCUUUAAAGACAGACGGGCUGUGCCAGACUGUCUGAAUGGACCAGCGUCUACGCUUCGAAGAUUUUAAAUCUCAUCUUCUAAGAGAUUAGUCUCUUGGGUCGAUCUGUUUGCUUUUCGGCGAGGGAUGGAGAAACGUAAACCCGCCAGCCUGCUGCCCUUGCCGUACCACCUCCGCACAGUGCCCCUGGACCUGCCGGGGACCCUGCCCCGCCUCCCCCUCAGGGACCCCCUGCGGGUCUCCCGGCGUCUGGACGCCGCGUGCUGGGCGCGGGCGCCCGGGGGCUGCGCCGCGAGGCCACCCUGCCUGCCCCUGCCGCUGGAGUGCGCCUUCGAGCCCGCCUUCCUCCGCAGGCGCAACGAGCGCGAGCGGCAGCGGGUGCGCUGCGUGAACGAGGGCUACGCGCGCCUGCGAGACCACCUGCCCCGCGAGCUGGCGGACAGGCGGCUCAGCAAGGUGGAGACGCUCCGCGCAGCCAUCGGCUACAUCAAGCACCUCCAGGAGCUGCUGGAGCGCCACGCCCGGGGGCCGGAGGAACCCGCCGGCGCCCGCCCCCCGCGCGCGGCCGAGUGCAACAGCGACGGCGAGUCCAAGGUACUGCCUGGCUUCAAAGGCAUUGAGUUAAUAGUGUUUAACGGCUUGGUUAAAAAGUUGCACAAAACCCUCUGUGAUGAUAUCACGCUUUAA